AUGUGGAGCGCACGAGACUUUGCCAACAUGGACAUCGAUGCUCCGUCGAACGAGGGCACAGAUGAGCUGUUCAUGAUCUGCUUCAAGACUGCCGAGAUCGCUCAGGAAUUUGAAAAUGUUGUAACCUCCUGUGUUGCCCAACUAGAGUCUAAACCGAAAUCACAGGAUGUUGGUAAAUCCCUCCUGCCUCAGCCGAAGCCUUCGUCGGCCAGCGGCGGUGGCGGUAAGACGACAGAGACCGCAGGCCCCAAGAAUGCUACCGCUCCUGCUGCGGGACUGCAAAAACUUCGUGCGAAACAAGGUUCCUGGGAGUGC